CGUGGUUCGUCAUUUGGUCCGCGUCCCAGGGCCUCGAUGACAAGAAAAAGAGAUGGAAUGGAAUCGGAGCAAACCUGGAAAAUCCAAACUGGAACUGGAGAGAUGACAAGUGAUGCCUGUUUCGGCGUGGUCCUUGGUCUGUUUAGCGAUGCGGCACUAAAUUUUCAAGUGGCGGGUAGAGGCUCCCACAGCACAGCUUCGGCAUGCUGGUACCAGGGACCUGUCGGGAACCUGGCGCGACUUGCCCACCCUCGUGCUGCAAGACAUGAGCGGAACAGCCAAAGGGCCAUCCCUCCACUCGCUUCUCUGGGCAGGGCUUGGCAUGGGUUGGGGGAGUUGCCGCUGCGAAACCAAGUCGUACUCUUCCCAUCCCGAGAUUUCUUCCCGGGCUUCUGUUCUCUUUCCCUUCUUUCCCCCCUUUCGGCCUCUCAACUGACCUGGGCCGAGUGCUUCCACCAAUCCCUUCCAGUUGCUCUCUAUAAUCUCCGUUUGCUUCAGGUCUUGUUUUUCACCACCACCACCACCCCUGACCUCGCGCCUCCCUUUUACAAUUGUUCCACUUUACCUGUCGCCUGAGUGAAAUUGGCGAGCCGACGCCCAGCUUUUGGAGCUAUCCGCCGUCGCCGUGACUCCCAAACCAGCAGCUCCCUCCACCAUCUCGUGUCAGCGCGACGACACGUAUUUUGCUGUCUCAACGGCGCCACCCACAACUCCCUGGGUAGCUACCUUGAUGGAAAGAGGCGUCUAUGCUUAAUCCAAAGCUUGUUUUUUGGUCGUAGUGGUACCUGACAACGCCCGCCACUGUUACCCCCUUCCACGUGCAUCGAACUCCCAAGUCAGCCAACCUUCCCGGUGGCCAUCUCCAUCUGCCUCAAAGCACAACAACAUUAUAACGCAACAUGGCGAACCAUCACCCUUCCCCUCCGAUGCAGAUGCGGAUCCAUCAUCCCCCUCCUGGCGCAGUUGGACCUCCCGGCCCGCCUCCCCCUCUUGCGGCAUCGCGUCAGACAUCGACCUUGUUACAAAUGAACGAGGUGGUGUGGAUCCAGCUUGGUAAUUUGGCUGAACGCAUGGGAAAUCUGGAAGAAGCGAUGACAUGCUAUGAAAGAGCUCUCACAGCCAAUCCAAACUCCAUCAAUGCCUUGAACGCCCUCAGUGUCGUCCUGAGGACGCAGGAGAACUUCCCCAAGGCGGCGGAAUAUCUACACGCAAUCAUCAAGCUUGAUGGGAACAAUGGCGAGGCCUGGGGCAGUUUAGGUCAUUGUUACCUCAUGAUGGACGACCUUCAACAGGCAUACCAGGCUUACCAAAAUGCCCUGCUGAAAUUGCCCAAUCCCAAAGAACCACGCCUGUGGUACGGCAUCGGUAUUCUCUAUGAUCGAUAUGGCUCGUUGGAGCAUGCCGAGGAGGCAUUUGCCGAAGUCAUGGCGAUGGACCCGCAGUUCGACAAGGCCCAUGAGAUUUACUUCCGCCUGGGCAUAAUCUACAAACAACAGCAGAAAUACACCCAGUCGUUGGAUUGCUUCAGAUACAUCGUCACCUCUCCUCCCGCUCCGUUGACAGAGGAAGACAUCUGGUUCCAGAUUGGACACGUACAUGAGCAGCAGAAAGACUUUGAUAACGCCAAGGCUGCCUAUCACCGUGUCCUUGAGCGGGAUCCCAACCACGCCAAGGUUCUCCAGCAACUUGGCUGGCUGCACCACAACCAAAGCCAAAGCUUUGCCAGUCAAGACAGGGCCAUCGAGUACCUGGAGAAAUCUGUGGCAGCCGACAACUCGGAUGCACAGAGCUGGUACCUUCUCGGCCGGUGCUAUAUGCAGCAACAAAAGUAUCCGAAGGCAUACGAAGCCUACCAGCAGGCCGUAUACCGCGAUGGGAGAAAUCCCACCUUCUGGUGUUCCAUCGGUGUGCUUUACUACCAGAUCAACCAGUAUAGGGAUGCGCUCGAUGCUUAUUCGCGUGCCAUCCGCCUCAACCCGUUCAUCUCGGAGGUCUGGUAUGAUCUGGGUACUCUGUAUGAAUCGUGUAACAACCAGAUUGCCGACGCCCUUGACGCAUAUCAGCGUGCUGCCGAGUUGGAUCCCAACAACCCGCACGUCAAGAGCCGAUUGCAACUCCUGCGAAGUGGAGGACAAAACGGCGCCCCUCCUGGACAGGCACCAACUCCCACUGAUGUUCACCCACAAGCUUAUCAGGCUGCAGGUGCAGUUGGUCCUCCGGGUCCUCAGUGGGCUGGCUCCGGCCCGCCGCCGCAGUCGCAACCCCCACAGCCGAUGCACAAUGGUGCUGGACCGGGCGGUCCCAACUCGUGGGCUGGCCGUGUUGCCGAGAUCAAUCCUCCGCCGCAGCCCCCCAACCCGUAUGCUUCCGACCGAAGCGAGCAAUUCCGGGGUCAAGCUCCUCCCAUGCAACGUCCGCCCAGUCCGAGACAGGAGCAGCAGCCGAGGCCGUACCAGGAGGCAAGCAGAGGUCUGGAGCCGCACAGGCGUGGUCCUUCGCCUCCCCCGGGUCAUUACGCAGCUCCCCCGCCUCCUCCCCCUCCCCAGCAGCAACAGCCGCCUCCUCCCCAGAUGGCUGGACCUCCACCGCGUGUGCGAAACCCGAACUAUGGAGGACACGCACCCGCCGCCGUUCUUCAACCGAGCAACGCACCUCCAAAUGGAGGGGCCCCGAAUCCUCUCAUGCCAUACCGCACCAAUAGCCCGAGAAAUGACGGCCGGGCCCCCAUGCAUGACAACCGAAUGCCUUCACCAAAGUCGGCCUAUCCCCAGCAUCAACCUCCUUACCCCCCGCACCCGUCUGAGCAGGCUGGACCCAAUGGUCCUGAGCCUGGUGUCCCUCAUCCUCCUCAUCAAGGCAUGCCUCUUGACGGUCCCCAUCACCGGGAGCAACAUGACCCACGCCCUCCCUCGGUUGGCCCCAAGCGCAUGCGUGAGUGGGAGGAUGAUCGCGAGUCUAAGAAGCCUGCCACGGAGGAGUCGCGCGGACGCAUGGAAGAUCUGCGGCACCGCCGCCCUUCUACUCCUCCGCGCCCUGAGUAUCGUCGCAACUCAUCGGAAGCCCACCGGUUCGACGAGCGGCGUAUGGAGGACCACAGACGCGUAGAGGAACAAAGACGAGCUGAAGAGAUUCGUCGUGCGGAGGAGCAGCGUCAUGGCAACGAAGGGUAUCACCCAUCUGAGGCUGCCCAUCAUCCCCAGUCACAUUCUGUCCCUGCUCAUCUGCCCCCAAUACAGCAGGGCCCGUCCUCGAUGCAGGGCAUCAUGCACGAUGGACCUGGUCCUCAGCCCGGACCGAGCCACAAAGACUAUCCCCCGGCGCAAGAGGAAAGGCGGAUAGAGCAUUCGCAUCCUCCGGCCCCUCACCCACCCCCGGCGAAUGAGCCCGAGCGCGCCGCCCGAAAAAUGCAUGUCAAUGAGGACUACGAUGACAGUGAGGAAGAGGAUAAAAAGGGUGACAUCAUCUCCGGGCCUGCUUCUGGUCCCAGUUCAGCGACAGCUGAGAUGAAGAAUGGAACACCCACCAGCGCCAGCAUCAAUGGCAUCAUGAGCCAAAAGGUCGAGAGCAAUUAG